AUGGCUCAAAAUAACAUUGAUGAUGUAUUGGAUCACCUAAGAAUGAUAAAGAGUGGAGGCUAUCUGAAUAUCGUCGAUAUUGAGGCACUUGAAAUGGAGCUAAGAUUUUUCAGAACUUUUCUCAAAAACCAUCAUGUUCUUUGGCCUGAUUCCUUAGUCAAAAUCACAAAGAAGGCCAAAUUGAUUGUGGAAAUGCUUGCUUUUGGUGGAAUACCAGAAGAAUGCAGAACUAACAUUUAUGGGGAGAGGCUAGUAUCACAGUUGUGGGAAUUCAUUGAAGGUUCUGCUAGUUCAAUGCUGAAUUAUGAGUCAGAUGAUUCCUAUCUGAUAGAAUAUAUGGAUUACCUCGAAAAGAAUCUAAAUGAUGCACCGUAUCUAGUCAAGUCUGAUCCUUUCUUGAUAAAAGAAACCAAAAUCCUUCAGAAGACAGAUAGGUAUUUAAGGCAGUUGAUCUUCAUUCAAAAGAAAAUGAGGUUUCUAAGAUACUUAUAUAGCACAGAGAUAAAUGGUUACGUCAACCAUGAGAAGUUGAAAGGUUUGCUGACCCGAAUUCAGUUUAUGGCUGAAAAUGUGGGACAUUUCUGUCCUGCUCUUUGGGUUAAUGAAGAUGAAGAUGAUGCCGAUUCAAAAAAGGAUGAAAAUGACACCGAUUCAGAUGAAGAUGAUACAGAUUCAAAAGAGGAUGGAGAUGAUACAUUUAACAUCGAGAGUAAGCUUCCUUACCUACUAUUCCUGAUUGUACUAGUGGAGCUGGAAAUGAAGAAGAUUUUUCUCUGUGAACUAAAGGCUUCAAAAUUUACUCAAUCAAGAACUUUCAAGGACAAGAAAUUACCAAAAGGAUUUUCACAUCAUCUCCAUGGUCUGUUGAUGUAUCUUAGACAGAAAAAGCUUAAGAACUUUGUUUCUGCUCGAAACAUUGAUGUGGCAAUAGAGUUCUUGUUGGUUUUUCUCGGUGAUGUGCCAAAUCAUGUUAUUAAUGGAAAGAGGUUGAAUGAAGUCUUGGAAAAGAUUGGAGUUCUUGUGGGUGAUGUACUAUGUGUAAUUCAAAUGCAUCUUGAGGGAUCUAUAAUCAAAGAAGAUGCUAGCAAGAUUGAUCUUAGCACAAUACAGAUAUUCGAGAAAAUUGAAGAUCUUAAGGCACAAGUGGAAGAAAAGUACAAAUACUUAGAAUACAAUCCUUCUCAUGAGUUCCCCACUGUUGGUGGAUUGAGCUUUCUUUAUUCUCUCCUUUGUAAAUUGAAUGAGAUGUUGAAAUCUGAAACAGGUUUGGUUUUCAUGAUGAAGCCUCAUAUUGGCAUUUUAGAGAAAGAGCUCUCAUCUCUAAUGUCUGUUUUUGGAGAUGUUGCACAGGUGCAACGUGAACAUAAAAUUCUUAAAGAACUUCGGAAGCAUAUUAUCAAUUUGGCAUAUGAAGCUGAAGUUUCUAUUGACUCUACUCUUGCUCAAUAUAAUGUUCUUUGGCAUUCUUUUCACUCACUUCCUGCAAUCAUAGAAGAGAUCAAACAUACUCGUAUGGAGGUGACAAAGAUGUGGUCAGAGAACCUUGUUAGUAGGCCCUACUCUGUAGUUGAGCCAUCUAAACAUUUGCCAACUCAAUAUAACAAUCUUAUGAAUGAUGAGGAGAUAGUAGGUUUUGAGAAUGACACAAGAAUAAUUCAGCAUCUGAUUCAAGGAAGAAAUGAGCUAGAUGUCAUCCCGAUUGUUGGUAUGGGGGGACAAGGUAAAACAACCUGUGCUAGAAAGUUGUACAACAGUGACAUCAUUGUUUCUCAUUUUGAUGUUCGGGCAUGGUGCAUCAUCACCCAAACAUAUAACUGGAGAGAGUUAUUACAAGAGAUUUUUAGCCAAGUUACCGGUUCCAAGGACGAGGGAGAUAAGGAUGACAUCCUUGCUGACAUGUUGAGAAAAAGCCUAAUGGGAAAGAGAUAUCUCAUUGUAUUAGAUGAUAUGUGGGAUGGUAUGGCAUGGGAUGACUUAAGGCUUUCUUUUCCCGAUGUUGGAAAUAGAAGCAGAAUAGUAGUAACAACUCGACUUGUGGAAGUUGGUGUGCAUGUCAUACACCAUACUGAUCUUUAUUUCUUUCCAUUCCUCACACCAGAAGAGGCUUGCAGAUUAUUGCAGAAAAAAGUGUUUCAAAAGGAAGUUUGCCCAUCUGAACUAGAAGAUGUGAGUCUAGCAGUUGCAAAAAGAUGCAAAGGACUGACUCUAGUAGUUGUAUUGGUAGCUGGAAUAAUCAAAAAAAGGAAAAUGGAAGAAUCUUGGUGGAAUGAGAUUGAAAAUACUCUAUUUUCCUAUCUUAGUAAGUCUGAAGAAUAUAGUCUGGAGACUAUGCUUUUAAGUUAUUAUAACUUACCCGAUCAUUUGAGACCGUGCCUUCUUUACAUGGGGAUGUUUCUGGAGGAUGAAAGAAUUCCAGUGUCUCAAUUGAUAAGUUUAUGGAUCGCAGAAGGUUUUGUGCAGAACAUUCAAUCUGGAAGCUUGGAAGAUGCAGCUGAAGGUUACUUGAUGGAUCUCAUUAGCAGUAACGUGGUAAUGGUUUCAAGGAGAAGAUAUAACGGUAAAGUCAAAUACUGUCAGGUUCAUGACGUAGUGCUUCACUUUUGCUUGGAGAUGAGCAGUGAAGAAAAGUUUAUGUUGGCAUUGAAGGGAAAUCGUAGCCAGUUUCAACCUUGUGAUUGGAAAGAAAGUCGAGUGAGCUUCAGUUUCAAUAAUGAGCUUUCCAUGUUUGCAUCUCUAGGCUCCAAAACACGAAAGCGUUUCCAGGAGCACUUGAGGUCACUGAUAACGACCAAUCUAAGUGAAUUUCAUGAUUGGAAUCCCUUCCGUCAGGUUAGUGAAGUGAGACUUCUUAAGGUCUUGGAUUUGAGUUCUCAUACAGUGGAUCAUUUUGGGUCAGCUACAUUGAAACCACUAAUUCACCUAAAGUACCUCUCUGUUCACACAAUUACAUUCAAUUUUCAUCGAGAACCGCACCUGCCCCAUCUUGAAGCUUUAAUUGUGAAGUGUUUCAUCAAGCCUACAGUGUUACCAAAGAUUUUUUGGAAAAUGGAAAAAUUAAGGCAUGUUGAUAUUAGUAAAGCUGUUAUUGAUUUGGAGGGGAUCUUUGAAGAAUCACCUAAGUUGGAAAACUUGAGGAUAUUAAGGAAUGCUAGAUUUCGAAUUCGCAAUGCUGAUAGUGUGGAUGUGUUAUUAUGGGGGUGUCCUAAUCUUCAAGAAUUUGAGAUCUUUUUUAAGGGCGAUAACAAAAGAUAUUUUAGUCCCAAUUUGGAGAGUCUUACCCAGCUUCAAAUACUUCGCCUUUAUGUUAAGUGGCCCCGAAUUGUAUCCGAGUUACACUUGCCUUCAAAUUUAAUGAAGAUGGUACUAACUGGAAAUCCUACAGAAGUCAUGAUUUCCCUCAUUGCGGGACUACCAAGUCUGGAGUAUCUCAAAUUAAGCAGGAAGUCUCAGAUUUGGAUGAAAUUAGGAGAGUGGUGUCUUAGAGAUAUCGCGUUCCAUAAACUUAAAUUCUUAAAACUGGUGUGGUUAAAUAUAUCAAGGUUGGAUGUCUCGGAGGAAUCCUUUCCCCAGCUCGAAACACUUGUUAUAAAAGGAAAUGACGAGCUCAAGGAGGUCCCCCUUAGCUUUGCAGAUGUUCCAACACUGAAACAGAUUAAGUUGAUUGACUGCAAUGAAUCACUGGAGGCUUCAGCUGUGAGAAUUAAGGAAGAAGUCCAAGCAAUUGAAGGAUGUGACCGUCUUCAACUUAUUAUUAUCAAAGUAAGUAGAAACAAACUCCUAUGUGUUGUUUUUGAGUAUCAACGAGCCUCUAAUGUGCAAACAAUAUGUUCAAUACAGGAAAGGUGGCAAAACAUCCGGAAGUGA